AUGAGGAUCCAUCCCGCGACGUCGGUCCAACACCACACGCCAGCGCACGCUGACGUCUUCCACGAAGACGAGCCUGGACCUAUUGAAGGGGGAUCUGAUGAUGAAGGUGGCUACGUUGUCGAUCAUAUCACCAAGCGAGACUGUCAGAGACACCACUUCCGUUACCUGAAUAUCAGGUACCAGAGGCGGGCCAUCACCGAGAAUUCUGGUGUUUGUGGGCUGCAGGGUCUUCAGCCAGGCACAGCAGCCAACAGCAACUUGCCUCCCCACACGGGUGAGCAUCUUGACCACAGACUUCCAGCUCUUGGUGGAAAUGUCAUUUCAUUGGUUGUGCCUGGCUGUGCAGCAGCCCAGGAAUAUCCUCGUCCGCCGGAUGAGUUUAAGCGAGAAUACCUCCAUUUGGACCCCUCGUCAGUUCGAACAUUACUGGGUAUCGUGCGGCGAUUCCUGAAUGGAGGAUUUACAUGA